CAUUAACUUUUAUAUCAAUCUAUCGCAAUUGGCUAACUUUAUAACACUAUGUUCGGGUAACAAUUUGGUUAGUUAGGGCCUCAGGCACUUGCGCUAUUGCGUAUAAAGUUGGUGCCUUGUUUUCUCUCUCGUAUACAGACAUACAGUAUACCCCCAGCGUAUUGCUCUUCUUCUUCCCCAAAUUUCUUGAAAAAAAAAAAAUGGAGUUUGUUGUAGAACAAAGCAAGAAAUCUCACUCUCACUGCUCCACUUUUAUACUGUGUAUGAUUCAGUUUCAACUUUCAAGUAAAUUGACUUUUUUCGAACAAAGAUAUCCAGUAGUUAAGUGGAAUGCCUAUACAUUACCACUCAAGCACCAAUGCAGACGGAACUGAUUAUGAUUGUGAAAAGCUUGGAUGGAAAUGACUGCAAGAGUACACUUCUUUUCAAGGGUGGUGGCAGUAUUUUAGCACAGUUGCUGAGGGGAAUGUCGUCGAGGAAAAUUCUGUUCCUUUUGAUGAUGAUCUAGAAAAAGAAGAUUAUCGUGCCAGUUCACCUUUGCUGCACUAUUUUCUUUCUUAAAGGUUUGAAGGCGACUUGCUAGCUUUGUUACUGUUCUGAAGGAGAUAACAUAUGCCAUUUCUGUAAUCUCACUGAGGCUGCAUGCAAAAAUUAUUGGGCUGCGCCCUAGUGAUUGCCAUGCCGGUGAAGAUAGCGGAUGGAUCACUUCAUUUUCAUGAAAGAGCGUGUAUGGACCACCUGCAGAUAUGUGGAUGUUCUAGGCUGAUUGAAGUUGGAAAAUAUAGGACAUCAAAUACAUGUUGAACUCUAUGUUCAUUAGUUUACAAAUCCAAGUACAUGAAAACAUUAGUCAGAACUCAGAAGAUCCCAGCUGUGAAGGAGUUGAAUUGACCACAAAAUAUGAAGCUUCUGCGGCUGAGUUUGUUUCUUUAGGUGUUUGAAGUUGAUGGUUGAUUUAAUGAUGAUGUGAGGUUCGUUUUUAGGUACGUCUUCUUAAUGUAUCUUUAUACUAGCUAUACACCGUUAUAAACUUGAACUUUGAGGAUUUAGAGGGUAGCUCAUACACAAUUACACACUAAUCAAUUGUAAUUCUCUUUUUAGUUUUCCAUUCAACAUUUUUAUUUUUUUAUUUUUUAUUUUUUUUUAUCAUAACAAGAAGAAUUAAUUAUUAAACCCUCAAUCAUACACCUGACUACAUCUAGACUUAGAUGCACCCAUUUAUUAAGUUGAUAACUUUCUUAUAAACAAAAUCAUACACUUGGAUUCACCCAAAUUCACAAAUUAUAUUAUUCAGCUCGGAUUAUUUGAAAAGUAAAUAUAGGUUUAACAUUUGAGCAAUUACACAAUCAGAAACCGAAUUCUUCAGGAAUUAGGAAACAGGAAUUAGGAAACAAAUUUAUGCUCCCUCGAAAUAAUUAAAGAGGGUCAUGUACUCAUGUAUGGAGCCUAAACCAUGAUCAACAAGCACCUGUCACAUAAUACAACUUAAUUAAACACUUGCAUUUUCUACAUACAUAAAUGAUACUUGUUGAAAACUUUUAAUUUUCUUUAAAGGUAGGUAGCAAGUUUCUGAUUUUAUGUCUUACGGAAACACUCGUCACCUUACACUUCAUAUAGUUCUUCCUUUAAGCAAUGUAAUCGUUUUAUUGUCCCUUCAAUGUGAUUUGAACGAUAUUAUGCAUUAAGACUAUGUAUAUUGGCAACUAAUUAGCUUAAAUGUGUUGUAUUCUAUAUUAUACUGGAGAUGACUAUAUUUGAACAUACCUAGCACCCUCCUCAGCAUCUCAACAAUGUCUUCUCCUUGUGUUUCCUCAUCACAUCUAAAAAAUAAGAGCGACUACAAGCUCUCAUCACCACCAUUAUUGUCGGACCUUCCUCUUCGUGAAAUCCCUGGAAGUUAUGGUCUGCCCUUCUUUGGAGCCAUUAAGGAUCGGUGGGACUACUUUUAUGUUCAAGGAGAAGACCAAUUCUUUAGGUCUCGAAUGGAAAAAUACAACUCCACGGUCUUUAGAGUUAACAUGCCUCCCGGUCCUUGGAUCUCCCAUGACUCGCGAGUUAUUGUUCUUCUAGAUGGCAACAGUUUCCCUGUCCUCUUUGAUACCUUUAAGGUUGAAAAACGCGAUGUGUUGACAGGAACCUACAUGCCUUCCACCUCCUUCACUGGAGGUUACCGCGUGUGUGCCUACUUGGACCCAAGUGAGCCUGCGCAUGCCUCUCUUAAGUCCUUAUUACUUUCUUUCCUCACCUCAAAGCAUGAGGAGAUCGUCCCUCUCUAUAAAAGUUGUCUAAAAGGCAUGUUCGAUGAGCUAGAGGAUCAAUUGAGGGGCAAAGGCCGGGCAGAGUUUGGGCCGCCAAACGAUGUUGUAUCGCUUGAGUUUGUUUUUAGAUUGUUUUGUGAUGGCAAGAGCCCUUUGGAUACCAAGCUGGAGUCCAAGGGACCUAGCAUGUUCAAAAAGUGGUUAAUUUGCCAAUUAGCACCCUUGAAAACAUUGGGCUUAUCCAAGUUGUUAAUCCCUAUUGAUGAUUUCAUACUACAUUCUAUUAGGUUACCAUUUUUCUUGGUGAAAGGUGAUUACAAGAGGUUGUAUGAUGCAUUUUACUCCUCGGCGACAUCAUACUUGGACAAAGCAGAAAGUUUUGGUAUAAGUAGAGAAGAAGCAUGCCAUAACCUGGUUUUCAUAGCUGGAUUUAAUGCAUUUGGUGGGUUUUUAAGGUGGUUUCCGUUAUUCAUCAAAUGGGUUGCAUCUGGAGGUGAGACCCUACACCGCGAGCUGGCUAAGGAGAUCAGAGCCGCUGUAAGAUGCGAGGGUGGAGUCACUUUGAAUGCCAUCAACAAAAUGACCUUGACCAAGUCAGUGGUCUAUGAGGCUCUAAGGAUUGAACCUCCUGUGCUGUACCAAUAUGGUUUGGCUAAGGAUGAUUUGAUGAUUCAUAGCCAUGAUGCUGCGUUCAAGAUUAAGAAAGGGGAGAUGAUCUUUGGAUAUCAACCCUUUGCUACCAAAGAUCCGAAGAUAUUUCACAACCCCGAUAAAUUUAUAGGGAAUAGAUUUGUCGGGGAGAAAGGAGAAAAAUUGUUGAAGUAUGUGUUAUGGUCGAAUGGGAGGGGAAUCGAUGAUCCGACAAUGGAUAAUAAGCAAUGCCCUGGUAAGAAUUUAGUGGAGCUCUUGUCUAGGUUUUUUUUAGUGGAAUUCUUCUUGCGAUAUGACACAUUUUCAGUUGAAAUUGGCACCUUGUUGUCGGACACCACCGUGACUUUCUUGUCCUUGAAGAAAGCCACGACAAGCGCUUGAUAUUGGGGAGAGUCGAUAUUGUAUUACUUAAACAUAUUAUGGAUACAUUUUAUGGUUUGAUAAUCGUCAAUGUGAAGUUAUGUGUGAUUCAUAGAUUACCAUGUCAUGCAAAAUAAGGGCAUAACUCAUGAGCCAAUAAAUAAUGUAGAUCGACAUGUAACAUGUUUAAAUUUAAGAAUAAGACUUGCUAAGAGAGCAAGUGAAAAACUAAUGUAUUCAUAAGCUCAUAACUACAUAAUACGUACAAUAAAAAUAAACUUGCUGAAGAUAGUUGAUGCUCAUUCGACCUAUUGAAAAAGGUGUUUGAGAAUGGAAUCAAGCCUACAAACCCCAACAAUAGAAUAUGUAGUUUUUUUUUUUUUUUUUUCAAAAUAAUACAGCACCACUCGAAGUCAGGCCCAAAAAAUCUAACCCAAACCAGAGCAAUUUUUGACUGGGCUGGGCUGCUUAUGAGUUAUGCUUUUUUUUUUUUUUUUUUUUUUUUUAAGGAGAAAAGGUCAUCAUAAGAAUUUUGAUACAUCCCUUUUUAUAAAUGAAAGUUUUAUUAGAUGCAUCACUUUUAAUAAGGUAGUUUUUUAAUUCCUCGAAAAAAAAGUUAUUUUUUAUCUCUCUCCCAACAUAUGAGUCCUCUUUAUUUUAGUAAAUAAAAACGGAUGAAGUAGGAAAAUUGUCCCGUGUGUCCAUCAUAAAAAAAUUAUAAAUUGUACCGUGUAAUUUUAUUUUUUAUUUUUUAUUUUUUUUUGUACAAUGAACCAUAUAUAUUUUGACAAAUGAUAUUUAUAUACUAAACACUCUUACUGUCAAGUCAUUACUUCUCGCUUGAUCACACAAUCACAGUGCAAUACAACCCAACACAAAAAGGCAUGUUGUCUUGAGUCUAAGGAUGACAGUGGGUCAGGUUAAAUGGGAUUUGUCUAGUGAUUGGACGGAGAUGGGUAUAAAAAGUGUACCCGUUACGAAUGAUGGAGUGGGGUAUGAAUUUUAGAGUAAUUCGCCCCAUCCCCUAUCUCAUAUCCACGUUAUACUUUUUGCA